GAGACAACAGAGCUUCAUAUAAAAUCUCUGGACUCAUCCUCAGUGCAUGGUGAGUGAGUAUUUGUGGAAAGCAAGGGACCUCAGACGCCCUGUGAAUUAUGCCUGGUCGGACUUUUAUGCACAACCAUAAAUAUGUGAUAGCGUCUACUGUAUUACUAACGAUUACUAUAAUGCGCCCAGCGUCUGUCUACGCUUCGCAUAAGAUUAAAGUGUGACCCAGAAUCGGACGAGAGAAAGCAUGAUCCGUCACCCCAACGAUUACGUGCCAAGUGGAGAGGGACGUUUCUUAAGGGUGAGCUGCAGCAGCUGUGUUGUCUCCAGAGAAGGAAGCCUGUCAGACUGCAGCGGUUUGUCAGUAACACUUAGCGCGAUGUUCGAGGCGAAUCGUGUGAACGAGCUCACGGCGUGAAAGGCGUGAAGGCGACGAUUAAUUUAACGCUGGACUAGCAGUCGAGGCGGGGUUUGGAGCAGUACGAGGCAGCCAGCGAGUGCCAGACUGAAUUCGUGAUGAAUUCGCGCCCAGACUCCGGUAUGCUGGACGAGCUGUGGAUUCCGAACCAGAGACUCCAAAGCGGAACCAAAUGGAGAUUCGCUGAACCGCGCACGGCACCACUUAACUUAAGCGUCAAAACAGAGACGAACGACACGGAGCACGGAGUUAACUUCCAGGCGGCUGAAAGAGAUGUCCCACACGAUCAGUUUCCCCGACACUGCGCGUUUCCAUACUACCCAGACUCACACGAAGCGUUUCCUUUGAGUGCUAUCGGUGGAUAUGGGCUACCUGCAUGUCCCUCUUCGCUUGAUAAGGCGCCUGAGCAUCUGUACCCAGACGGAAAGUGCACUAGGUUACCUGGCGCCAUUUCCUCAGCAGGGCUUCUGCGAGCCUGCAAGAUACAAGCACUCGGAUCUGAGCAAAGACUGGGAGACUUAAGGCUCCUAUUCCCAGCCCAGAGAAUUUGCCAGGUCUGUGGAGAGCAGGCUUCAGGGUGUCACUACGGAGCACUUACAUGUGGGAGUUGCAAAGUGUUCUUCAAGAGAGCUGCCACGGGCAAACAGAAAUAUCUGUGCGCCAGCAGGAAUGACUGCACCAUUGAUAAGCUCAGGAGACGAAACUGCCCAUCUUGUCGUCUAAAAAGAUGCUUUGAAUCAGGGAUGAGCCUUGGAGGCCAAAAGCUAAAGAGAGUCAAACAGGCCGAACCAGCAAAGAAUGAACCUGCCCAAGCACCUGCAGUAGCAGUGAGGCAUGUUUCUCCCAAGCCUGCUCUCCAAACCCAGCAUGAGCUUCUGAACAUUCUGGAGCGAAUCGAGCCUGCAGUGGUGAAUGCCGGCCAUGACCAGGCUCAGCCUGACUCAGCUAACUCGCUGCUGACCAGCCUCAAUGAACUGGGAGAGCGACAACUCGUUACAGUUGUCAAAUGGGCAAAGGGAAUGCCAGGCUUUCAGAAACUGCACCUGGAUGACCAAAUGACUGUCAUUCAGUACUCCUGGAUGGGAAUUAUGGUGUUUGCCUUGGGCUGGAGGUCCUACAAGAACGUCAAGGCCAGAAUGCUUUACUUUGCCCCUGAUCUUGUGUUCAAUGACCAGAGGAUGCAGGUCUCCAGCAUGUACGAGCACUGCGUCCGCAUGCGCCAUCUCUCGGAGAGCCUGAGUAACCUUCAGGUCACACAGGAGGAGUUCCUCUGCAUGAAAGCGCUGCUCCUCUUCAGCAUCAUUCCAGCGGACGGGCUAAAAAACCAGAGCUGUUUUGAUGAAUUGCGGACAACCUACAUCAACCAACUGGAUUGGUUGGUUACCCACACAAGCCACGGCAACCACGCAGAGAGGUUGUUCCAGCUCACACAGCUGCUGGACUACCUGCACCCGAUUGUGAAGAAGCUUCAUCAGUUUACGUACGACCUGUUUGUACAGGCCCAGUCCCUUUCAGUGAAAGUGAACUUCCCUGACAUGAUCUCACACAUCAUAUCUGUUCACGUACCAAAGAUCCUCACAGGCAUGGCCAGGCCAAUCCUUUUCCACAGAUAAUGCCUUGACCUUAACAUGCCUGCCUCUCCUAGCCAUGCCUGUUAUACAGCUGCUGUAUUUUCUGCAAGAGCUGCUAUAGCUAGUAUUGUUUUUCUAUCAAAUGCUCAGAGAUUGCCUAGCCUGUAACAAAAGACAUAGCAAAACCCUUUAACUGAGUGAAAGUGACUAUAAUCAGAUUAGAUGAAGCUGACAAAAAAAAAAUCCUAAGAGUGCCACUGUA